GAGCGUGUGUGUGUGUUUGUCUUCGCCUUGUCCUCCAAGCACGCCAGCAGAGCCAGAGAGAGACUGCAGCAUGUUGGCUCACACACUGCUGGUGUUGUCGGCCCUGGUGCUGGCCUACGGUGCACCUCAGGACAGGGGCGACACAGACACGCUGACCCGGCUCCAGGCCCAGGUGGAGGAGCUCAAGGACAGAUUGACCAUCGCAGAGAAAGAACUCAAGGAAGUGAAAGAUGUACCAAAAGUUGCCUUCUCUGCAUCACUGGGUGGAAAUGGACUGGUUGAAGCUGGGUCAUUUUACAAGAAACUUAUCUACAAAGAUGUCAUCACGAAUAUUGGCGAAGCAUACAACAAGGAAACAGGAAUGUUCACGGUGCCCGUGAGGGGAGUUUACUAUGUGCGCAUGACCGCUAACGGCCCGACAGACAAAACCCUCUCCGCCGUGCUCUAUAAGGGCUAUGAGUCUCUGCUGAUCGUCCACGAGCAGCCCUCGGGUGAGGGGAGCGACACGGCGUCCAACGGCGCCACCUUUCUGCUCGAGAAGGGAGACCAGCUUCACGUUAAGCUCUGGCCAGACACACAGAUCUGGGACAACUCCAACCGGCACAGCACCGUCACGGCCUUCCUGCUCUACCCCAUGCCAGACGAGAGCAGCCCGACUACGGAGCCCAACCUCUGAGACCACAUCGACACCAUGUACAGCAUGUGCUGUUUUAGUUUUAGGAAUCAUGAUAAGAAAUAAAUCAAAUACCUACUUG